CAACUUGGGCCCGGCAGAAUGGCUCCCGCAAAGAAGGGUGGCAAGAAGAAGGGCCGUUCUGCCAUCAACAAGGUGGUGACCCAAGAAUACACCAUCAACAUUCACAAGUCCAUCCAUGGAGUGGGCUUCAAGAAGCAUGAUCCUCGGGCACUCAAAGAAAUUCGGAAAUUUGCCAUGAAGGAGAUGGGAACUCCAGAUGUGCGCAUAGACACCAGGCUCAAUAAAGCCAUCUGGGCCAAAGGAAUAAGGAAUGUUCCGUACCGCAUCCGAGUACAUUUGUCCAGAAAGCGUAAUGAGGAUGAGGAUUCACCAAACAAGCUCUACACACUGGUAACUUACGGGCCUGUUACCACAUUCAAAAAUCUACAGACAGUCAAUGUGUUUGAGAACUAACUGUUGAAUGUCAAAUAAAGUUACAGAACUGCAAAAAACAAAAAAACAAAAAACAAAAAACAAACAAACAAACAAACAAACAAACAAAAA